GUCUUUUUUUUUUUUAAUUUGCCUUAAUGAUAUCAUCCCCAUCCAUUGCUUAAAAGUUAUAUAAAUGUUACUGAAGCAUUAGAAUAGUAGUUCAGUAGUUUACUUCUUUAGGAUCAAUAUGAAACUUUUAAUACUCCAGGUUUUGUUUAUUGGCCUUGCUGCCAAGACACUUGGAGCGGCCAUUGAAAAAUGCCAUUCGUCGGUGUUAGCAGCAUGUGGAGACCCUAUAUCAGACUUCCGUAAAAAGAUGGGAACAAGUUUCCCUCUUGACAAUGCCCAAGUCAAUGAAUUAUGCAGUGCAAUCGAACAAUCAAAGACAUGUGCAGAAGAUUUUCAAAAGAAAUGCAUGACACCAAUGCAAAUUCAGACUAUGAGUUUCUUGACCGAAGGAUCUCUUGAAGUAUAUAAGGACUUCUGUACAGAAGGAUCAGAAAUUAGAACUGAUUAUCUGAAGAAUGCACCAUGUAUUGACGAAUCUUCAAAGACACCGGAAGCAAAGGAACAUUCCAAAUACGUGGAAGCAACUUUGGAGGAAAUGUCAGUGAAGGCCCCUCAGGAUCGACUUCCUACAAUCUGCUGUGCGUAUGCUCUUAUGACUGAAAAAUCAAGAGAAUUUGGCGAAGCAAAGUGCGGAAAAGGAGCUGUUGAUUCUUUCCAUAAGGUUGUAGAAAUGGCUGUCUCAACUCUUCCAAAUGUACUGUGUUCCGGAUUCGAUCCUGAGGGAGAUACUUGCAAGGCUGUUCUUCCACCUCCAGGAACACAACCGAAAGGAACUCUCAAGAACUCACACAUUGCACAGUCAUUUGUUUCUAUGUACCUAAACGAUAUCACAGAAAUUUGAGUUUUGUGACAUCCUUUACUAAGCUAUUGUGAUUAAACUGUUUUUUGUUAUUUUUUUCUAA